AUCUGUUUACCUUUUCAUUUUGUUUAUUAUCAUAAUUAACUAAAUUAAUUGUGGACAAUUUGAUUAACAUGAUUGUCAAUAAUAUGGUUUCAUCUCAUUGGCUUUGUUUGUUUAUUCAAGUUAAUUUGAUUGUCUCUUUUUGAAGUAAAUUUAAAUUUCCACUUGAACACAACAAACUUUGAUAUCUUUUCAUUAUUCACUUCAAGAUGAGUUAAUUGUAAUCAAAUUGGAUUAAAUUAGUGAUUAUGGUUCAUUGGAGUGAUUAUAUGACCCGAGGCUGGCUUUCGUUCCUGUCGUUCAUGCACAUUGGAACUGCCCUGAGGUGUUUUUUAGAUCACAACUUUUUGCGAACCAAAAUUUUCACCUCACCAAGAUAUCAAAAUGAUAUUGUGGUCGAUCAUCUUUUCGGGAUUUACUCUUUCAUCAAUGCGGCCAUUUUGAUGCAAUCGUCCAUUUAUCUUUACGUUUAUCCAUUGACCAGAUUGGCUAUUUUGACAAUUCUCGCCUAUGUGAGUCUCUUUCUAAUUGAAGUUUCUGUUUACAAAACAAUUCAAAUACAAAGGACAACCUUGUUUCCAUUUGUUUUCAACAGCUUAGCUCUCAUUUGGAUCAUUAAUUUUCAUUAUAUUUGGAAACCUUGGCAAAAAACUGUCCAAUUCAUUGAGGUGGAAAAGGAUGUUUAUCUUAAAUAUGGAUUACCAAUUAAUAAGCCAAUUGUGAAGAAACAAUCAAAAGAAAAUCGAUCAGACUGAUUAUUGUUACAAUUAACGGUAAUUAAAUCAAUACAUAUCCUGGUUAAGAGGUACCAUCGGUUUUAUAAUAAUCUGUGAUUUAAUUACAUUCAAAUUUAAUGAUCAUUAUCAUCAAACUAAUAAUAUGACGACCAAUUGUUUAAACGAUUAAUAUUAUACCUAAUGGAUAAUAUUUGAUAAUCAACUUUAUCAUCAAAUGUAUCAAUUUAAUUUAAUAAUUACUGAAAUAUAAUCAAAUUCAAAUCAUUUGAAUUAACUUAAUUUUGACCAUCUGAAAAUAUCUAUUGAUGAAGAUUCAUCAUCUAAUCAUUAAAUCAAUCAAUCAAUAGAGACUUACAAC